AUGAAGAAGAAAGAAGAGAAAAAACGGCCAAAGAGAGAGAAGCGCAUCAAGAGGCAGGAAGAUCCUCCACCCAACCUUCAUCAUCGGUUGGGGGAGUUUCCUCAAACUCAAUGUCCUCGACUUCUUCGUCAGAGGGAAGAGGAGGAGAUUUUGAGAAUGUGGAACCAUUUCCACAAUGAUAACCACAGAACUAACAACCUUGUUGAAUCGUGGCAUUCGAAGAUUAAUCGCCAGGCCAAAACAAGCCACCUGAACAUCUUUGCCUUCAUCCAGCUUAUCCAAAAGGAUGAAGCUGCAAAUAUUGCAGAAAUGCAUAUGCUCUCUCCUGGAUCCAUGACCCCAACCAGCAAGCGACCCAAGUAUCGGAAGAUAGAUGAAGAAAUAACACAUUUGAAAGCAGCACUUUUAAAUAGAGGAAUAUCCCUCAGGCAAUUCAUGCAUGAAGCAUCUCAUUGGAUACACAUGGGUCAAAACUCUUUCUUGAUGAAGUUGGAAAUCAGGCAAUCUAUUUUUAAGCUUAGUCAGUAUUUACCUGAAAUAUACGAAAAGGAAAAACUUUGUUCUGCGUGGGUAGCUUACAGACCUUACGUUCUAUUUUACAAACCAGAAACUAUAGAGGCUCUAUUAAACCACCCGAGUGCUCUCGACAAAUCCUGGGAGUAUCGCUUCCUGCACCCCUGGCUUGGAACUGGUCUCCUCACAAGUUCGGGGAAAAAAUGGAAAACUCGCAGAAGACUUCUGACUCCUGCAUUUCAUUUUCAAAUUCUAGAAGAUUUCUACCCCAUCUUCAAUGAAGAAUCUGAAAUUCUUACCAGAAAAAUCGAAAAAUUAUCUUCUCAGCCAUGGAUAGAUGUUCAGCCGCUUAUUACUAAAUGCACUUUGGAUAUUAUUUGUGAAACUGCCAUGGGAGUCAAAAUCAAUGCCCAAUCUGGUGAAAAUAUUUCUUAUGUAGAGGCAAUUAUGGGUAUGGCUGAUGUCAUGGUCACUAGGUCAUUUUUACCUUGGCUGUGGAUAGACUUCAUCUUUUACUACUUUUUCCCUUCUGGUUGGAAGUACAGGAAAGACUUAAGUAUUGUUCACAGUUUCACAAGAAAGGUUAUAAAGGAGAAAAAGAAAUCCAUGUUGAAAGAGCCAGUGACUCCGAAAAUCGAUGAGAAUGGCACGAAAAUAAGGAAACCUUUCUUACAACUCCUUUUAGAACACCAUCUAAGGGAUAGUUCCUUUACUGAAGAAGACAUCCGGGAAGAAGUGGAUACUUUUAUGUUUGAAGGUCAUGAUACAACAGCGAUGGCCAUUAGCUGGGCUCUGUUUUGUUUAGGGCAAAAUCCAGAAAUUCAGGAAAAACUCUAUGAAGAAAUAAGAGAUGUGUUCCAGGACGAUUACCAUCGCAAAAUUUCGAGCACUGACGUCAAGAACAUGAAAUAUCUGGAUUGCGUUCUAAAGGAAGCGCUCAGACUGUAUCCUUCUGUGCCUAUAUUCACCAGGGAACUAAAAGAAGAUAUCAAACUAAGUGAAUUGAACUUCACUGUACCAGCUGGCUGCUUAUGUAUGGUGCUUACGGUCAAACUACACCGUGAUCCAGCAUACUUCCCAGAUCCAGACAAAUUUGACCCAGACAGAUUUCUUCCUGAAAACUGUCUGAAAAGACAUCCUUAUGUGUACAUUCCUUUCUCCGCGGGACCUCGCAAUUGUGUUGGGCAAAGAUUUGCACUCACUGAAGAGAAGGUGAUUCUAAUCCAUAUUUUAAGAAAAUUCAAGAUUACAUCCCUGGAUCAUAUGGAUAAAGUUCCCACCAUGUUCGCCUUAACCUUAAAAAACUUACAGCCUCUGCGUGUUCGUUUCACACCAAGACAUGUGUCAUGA